AUCCCACGGCAGGUUCCUGACCAAAGUGUUUACACCCGUCCGGCACCAGGCAUCGUCAUGGGAGGCGUUUUGCCGUUUGGUUGCAUCUUCAUCCAGCUAUUUUUCAUCCUAAAUUCACUGUGGUCCAACCAAAUGUACUACAUGUUUGGAUUUCUCUUCUUGGUCUUCAUCAUUUUGGUCAUCACAUGUUCAGAAACUACCGUUCUACUCUGCUACUUUCAUUUGUGUGCUGAGGACUAUCACUGGUGGUGGCGCAGUUUUUUGACAAGUGGGUUUACAGCCUUUUACUUGUUCCUUUAUUGCGUCCACUAUUUCGUCACAAAACUGGAAAUUCAAGAUGCCACAUCCACUUUCCUUUACUUUGGAUACACUUUCAUCAUGGUUUUCAUGUUCUUCCUUCUUUCCGGGACCAUUGGUUUCUUUGCUUGCUUUUGGUUUGUCCGCAAAAUUUAUUCAGUGGUGAAAGUGGAUUAAUUUUAUGUUACAAAAAUGCUGGCCAUACCUACUAGCAAGCAUUAAUAAAGGUAUUUAGUUGUUUCUGUUUGCAGUUGAUACAAUUGAUCAUUAUUAUUAAUCAUUCUCUCAGCUCAUGCACACCAGUAUUGAUCAGUGUUCUGCCGAAUAAAAUUUUCGAAUAAAAUUUCAAAUAACGAAUAAGGAAAUCAUCGUAUU